CCUUAGUCUCACCAGGCUCUUCCUCCUCUUCAUGCCAGAUCCCAUCCAGAAAGCUCUCACCUCUCAGCGCACUUUGCACUGCAGACUUGCAGUGAGUGUGUGAUCCAGCGACGAGCGAGUGAGGGACUGGGUGAUUCAGCCACGAGCAGCGGCUGAAUUGGAAAAUCGGCAGCAUCUCCAUACGUAUCCUGCAGCGAUCGACUCGCAGACUGAGCGUGUUUGUGUGGCCAUUGUGAAGUCCAGACGCCUAGUUGCUGGCUGUUCAAUAACCACUAGCAAUCCCUGCUGCUGCUCCUCCAUCGAGUCGGGCUCCAUCCUCUUCAGGUUCCAACUUCGAAUCUAGGGCACUGAGAAGUGAGCUGCUGGGUGGCUACACCGGGGCAGAUUCAAAACUCAAAAUCAAGCCAGAUCCCAUCGAUCUGGCCACAAGCACAGCUUGAUCCAGCGUUCACCAUCGGCUCCCUUCGCAACCAUCUGGUGAGCGGUGAGCGGCAGACUUGCACAGCGGUCUCCUCACUCACGCUAGCUUGAAAAAAGGAUGGAGGUUGUGACAGGGGCGCUGCCAAGUGUCAUCACCAAGCUCGGCGAGCUGCUUGCUGGUGAGUACAAUCUGCAGAAGGGGGUGAAGGGGGAGAUCAAGUUUCUCCAAUCUGAACUUGAGAGCAUGAAGGGUGCCCUCGAGAAGGUCUCCAACACGCCGCUAGACCGGCUUGACAUUCAGGACAAGAUCUGGGCAAGGGAUUUGAGGGAGCUAUCCUAUGAUAUAGAGGACAACAUUGACACGUUCAUGGUGUGUGGCAAGAGUGAUGAGUCAGCCAAGCUGCAUGGUAUCAAAAAGUUUGUUGAUAGAAGUGUUGGCUUGUUCAAAAAGGCUAAGAUUCGCCACGAGAUUGGUACUGAGAUAAGGGACAUCAAGAGCCGUGUUGUAGAGGUACAUGAGAGGCGUCUUAGGUAUAAUGUUAACAAUGGUGUUGAUAAGCCUACCACAACUACUGUAGUGGACCCUCGUUUAUUUGCUCAGUUCAAAGAGGCAAAAGAGCUUGUCGGAAUUGAUGAGACGAGAGAUGAGCUAAUCAAGGUACUGAUGGAUGGAAAUGGAGUGCCCUUUCAGCAGGGCAAGGUAGUUUCCAUUGUUGGAUUUGGAGGCCUUGGAAAAACAACUCUUGCCAAAGUAGUGUAUGAGAAGAUUAGAUCACUGUUUCAUUGUUGUGCUUUUAUUUCGGUGUCCCAAACACCUGACUUGAAGAAAUUAUUCAAGGAAUUGCUCUAUGAUCUUGACAAGAACAUCAAUGCAGAAACAUUGGAUGAGAGGCGGCUCAUCAAUGUACUUAGAGAAUUCCUUAUACCAAAAAGGUAUCUUGUUGUUAUUGAUGACAUAUGGGAUGUCUCAGUCUGGGAAGUGAUCAAAUGUGCUUUGCCUGAAAAUGAUAUUGGAUUUGCAGUCAUUACAACUACACGUAAUGUUGAUGUUGCUGAUAGAGUUGGUGGUGCUUACAAGUUGAAAGCCCUGAGGAUAACUCGAGGAAAUUAUUGUACAGAAGAGUAUUUGGUAAUGAAAACAACAACAAUGUUGAAGACAUGGGAAAAUGCCCUAUCGAGGAGUUGGCCGAAGUAUCUGAUAGAAUACUAAAGAAAUGUGCCGGUGUACCCUUGGCUAUUAUUACAAUGGCUAGUCUGCUAGCUUGUAAACCUCGAAAUAAGAUGGAUUGGUAUGAGGUAUACCAUUCUAUUGGUACUGGUCUCCAGAAUAAUCUUGAUGUUGAGAAUAUGAGAAAGAUUUUGUCGUUUAGCUACUA